AUAGCUGAAGCAGACAGCAAACGGACCCUAACAAUACGUCGACCACAACAAAUAUCCGGACGUUUAUCAAAAUGCUGCCAGCACUGGUGUUUCUUCUGUCCCUAUCAGGAAUCUACGGUGAACCAGAAACAGUGAGGGACAACUUCGACUACUUCAGUUACGGUUCUAAUGACGAUAUUCUUAAAAACUUGGAUCUCCAUUUGCCGAAAGAUGAAAUAGUUUUGAGACCUCAAGAAGUGAAGGACUGGCCUCAAACAUCUUUGAACGUAGGGCAAAUAACCGCUGUCUCCAUAAACUCUUUGGGACAACCCGUGAUAUUUCACAGAGCUGAACGAGUAUGGGACGAGAGCACCUUCAACGAAUCCAAUGCUUAUCAGAACUUGGACAAAGGGCCUAUUAUAGAAGACACGAUCCUGGUUCUCGAUCCUCACACAGGGUCUGUACUUCACAGUUGGGGCGCCUAUGCCUUCUACAUGCCUCAUGGUCUCACCGUAGACCAUCAUGAUAAUGUCUGGGUCACUGAUGUCGCCAAACAUCAAGUUUUUAAGUACACCCCAAACAACCACAAAUACCCAAGCCUGACUAUUGGAGAAGCGUUUACAGCUGGCUUCCCCUACAGACGACGAGUGUUACUCUGCAUGCCAACCUCUGUCGCUGUUGCCACUACCGGAGAAAUAUUCGUCGCUGAUGGCUAUUGCAACAACCAGAUACUCAAGUUCAAUGCAGCUGGGAAACUAUUGUUGGCUAUACCUUCAUAUUCGGACUCUAUGACCUUGAACCUCCCACAUAGCGUGACUUUGCUGGAGCAUUUGGACAUUGUGUGUGUGGCAGACAGGGAGAAUAUGAGGAUCGUUUGCCCGAAAGCAGGUCUGAAGAGCUAUGUGAAAAUGUUUGAGCCGGCCACUGUGAUUGAGGAUCCUACUUUGGGUAGGGUGUUUGCUGUGGCUUCGCAUGGUGACACGAUCUAUGCUGUGAACGGACCAACGUCCCAGAAUAUUGCCGUCCGAGGGUUUACUGUGAAUGCGCUUUAUGGAAACAUCUUGGACACAUGGGAACCCACAACUGGAUUCACGAACCCUCACUCGUUGGCUGUCACACGGAACGGAUCUCACCUCUACGUCACAGAGAUUGGGCCCAACAAGAUUUGGAAGUUCGAAUUGACAGAUGUAUAUGAUAAGAAGUAAACCGUCUAUUAGAACAAAUAUAGAGCUAUGUUUAUCAACUUCAGAGUAUAAUAGAUAAAUUGCUUGACGGUGAAUCAAAUUCGCCUGAAUAUAGGAAAGAGAUGCGAUAUGUAAAUGAAGAUUGUAGGAACGUAAUACCUGCUCAUGUAUUAAUUAAUUAUCCGCAUUUAACCAAAAAAUCUGGUAGAUCUUGUAAGUUAGGCGUAUUGUUUCAAAAUGCUUUGAUAGCUCACCCAACCAUGGCUAAUCAUAGAGAGAGAUAACUUGCUUCUUCAUAACAUGUACUAGAUUCUGUAGUAUUUACAUAAACUACUUUAAACUUAUAUUUAAAGGUUCCUGCCAUAUUGGCUCAUGUAACGAAAAUAUGUAUGUAUGAUAGUUGUAAAGAGAAUUGUUUAUUUAAUAUUAAUUAAAGGGCCAAUAUAAAAACACGCACAGAAAAUAAAUUAAUUGACCCCUCAUUAUUUUUAUUGGGACUAGACUGCUAUAGACUGCUAUAGACUGCUAUAGACGAGUGUACUUUACGAAACUAACUACAGACGAAACAAUGUCUUCCUGUGAACGAAUAAGACUUGAUUUUCCUCAAAUAAUAUCUUAUCCUCUUGUGCAAACGUCUUUAGCAGUAAGAAUGCAAAUGUUUAUUUAUUUUGUCAAAAAAGUUACUUAACUUCUAGGGCGCAAUCUUUAAUAUUGUAGUGAUUCUUCUAGUACUUCAAAAUUAUAGUAUUAAAUAAUAUGGACCAAAUUGGCAUGUUCAUAAAAAAAUUAAACAAAAAUUCGGUAGGUACAGAAAAAUAAAAUUUAGAAAAUCAAUUUAUCUAAAUUUAAAGUGAUGUUUUAUUUGUUUAAAGCGAAUAUCAAUAAAUAAAGUAUUUUCAUGUAUUAUUAGAAUAGAUACAUAAACGACAUUAUUGGUUAAAUGUUUAUUUUAUAUCAUAGUUUAAAAAACAUCCAUAACUUAAUAAAAUUACCUGUAUUACAAUAAUUAAAACUUAUUGUGUAUAUACAAUUACUUAAAUAGGAAUGAACUAGACACACUAUGACUUUGUCACUUCUGCUUAUCACUUUGAAUACAAUACAUACCUUCAAACCGUUUUCUUUUUCAUAACCUUCAUAAAGAGCACCAUGUCUGUGAAAUAAAAUAACACUGAAUUGAAAAAAAUAUAAAUUAGAAUCAUCA